CGGAAAUGGAUGGGUUGUAACUGAAAUAUUGAUUUUCACAUGUAACGGCUCUGUUUUAAUUUUGGAUAUUAUCCCCUAUAAAAAUAUAUAAGAAUAAUUAAAAUGACAAUAGAAUUACGAAAGACAUAUUUGGUCAAUAAAUAAAAUAAAUAUGUAUUUGCACGAUAUGGCUAAUUUACGUAUUCUUGUUUCGUUCAUUUCAAGUUUAGUUUUUAGUGUAUACUGAUGGACAACAAACUGGAAGAAGGAAGUAGGGAAAUGCCUCAAGAUAUACCUCUAUACAGGGCUCAUCGGAUUGACCAUGAUAAAUCCCGAUACCCACAUUGUAUAGUAUGGUGCCCCAUCCCUCUCUUGACAUGGAUAUUUCCAUUCAUAGGACAUAUGGGUAUAGGUACAACAUCAGGUGUUAUCAGAGAUUUUGCUGGACCAUAUUAUGUAUCGGAAGACUGCAUGGCCUUUGGAAUACCAACAAGGUACUGGCAACUAAAACUGGAGAAAGUGCGAAAUGGAAGUGGAAGGGAAUUAUGGGAUAAGUCUGUGCACGAGGCCUCCGAAGAAUAUAAAGGCAGAAUUCACAAUCUAUGCUGUGAUAAUUGUCAUUCUCACGUUGCUAUGGCAUUAAAUCUGAUGGGAUAUGACCAGAAGUCAAACUGGAACAUGGUGAAACUAGCAGCAAUCAUGUUCGUCAAAGGAAAAUAUGUUGGUGUGGCCGGUUUCCUAAAGACUUGGCUACCGUUUGUUUUACUCCUUGGUGUAAUAGUAACAGUAGUGCUUGUAACAAAAUUCCACAUGAUGUAAGGAUAUGGUGUGAUCGUGACAGUCAUACUUGUAACAAAAUUCCAUAUUAUGUAAGGACAUGGUGUCAUGGUGACAGUCAUACUUGUAACAAAAUCCAGUCAUAUUUGUAACAAAAUUCCAUAUGAUGUAAAGACACGGUGUCAUCAUGACAGUCAUACUUGUAACGGAAUCCCAUGAUGUAAGGACAUGGUGUCAUGGUAACAGUCAUACUUGUAACAAAAUUACAUAUGAUGUAAGGACAUGGUGU